AUGGUGGACUUGCUGGGUGGCCGGCGCUUGCUGACCUGCGAGGGAGCCGCGGUGGAGGCGGACAGGACGCUGCAGAACAAGGUGGUGGCUCUCUACUUCGCCUCAGGCCGCUGCGCACAGAGCCGUGACUUCACUCCUCUGCUCUGUAACUUCUACUCGAAGCUGAUGAAGCAGGCACGGACACCGGCGCCUUUCGUAGUGGUGGUGGUGUCUGCCGACGGCAGCGCAGAAGAGAUGUGGGACUUCAUGCGCGAGCUGCACGGCGCCUGGCUGGCGCUGCCGUUCGACGACCCGCUGCGGCGUGAACUGAACAAGAUGUACAAUAUCACAGUCACCCCCAAACUCGUGAUUCUGAAGCAAAAUGGAGAUGUUAUCACUGACAAAGGACGGAAACAGAUCCAGGAACAUGGACUCUCCUGCUUCCGCAGCUGGAUGGAGGCAGCUGACAUUUUUCAGAAUUUCUCUGGUUGA